CACCACAGAGACGUCGUGUUGACGCAGAGACGACCAAAUCCAAAAACAUAAGGAGAGAAAGAAUGAUGUGCUGAAACAUGAAGCGAUUUACUGGAGUUAAAACUUUUAACUGUCCUGUUUUUGUUGUUUCUAAAUAAUAACUAAAUCAUUUCUGCUUGUUUUAGUGUCUCGUGCUUCUUACUCAGGGUUACCGUCAUUCUCGCUCUCAGGCUGACCAAGAACCUCCGUCUGAACAAGGGGAAGCUUCAUCAGUGUAUCUCAUCAAAGAAAAGCCUUUCAGAUAACUUUAACAAAAGUGGAGACGGGUUUUUGGUGUUGGCUGUUCACAAACUGAAUCAAAAACCAUCACAAUGAGGGCGGAGCCACCAGUGGUAGAGCUCCUCUCAUCCAAUCAGAAGGCUUCACGGCUCGCCGCUCGCCUCCUGACUUGGAGUCGAGCACUCCUGGUUCCACGCCGAUGGAUGAAGAAGUGUUUUUCAGCAGGGCCUCCUCACGGUGACUCAGCAGCUGUGCAGCUUUAUAAGGAGGCAGCGAACCUCAGUCUGUCACCACGCAGACGAUGGCCCGGCUGCUCCGCAUUGCCUGCAUCCUGGUCUGCUGCCCCGCGCUGCUGCAGGGCAAAGCUUCAGAGUACCAGCUGGAGUCAGAGACGCUGAGCCGAUGUGAGCUGCUGAGAGGCGUCGCUGUUGCCAAAGAGCGAGAUGAGAUCCCUCACUGCACGGAGGACGGCAGCUUCAGACCUGUGCAGUGCAGUGGGCGGGGUCAGGAGUGUUGGUGUGUCGACACUGAAGGUCAGGAGGUCACUGGGACUCGAACCAGCGGCUCAGCUCCUCAUUGCCCGUCUCCCUGCCAGCUGCAGGCCGUCCUGCGGUGUUCGCCUUCAGGCCUCUUUGAGCCAGUUCAGUGUGACUCCAGCAGGGGGCAGUGCUGGUGUGUGGAUCAGGACGGCAUGGAGCUCUACGGGACCAGACAAGACGGGAGGCCCCGCCGCUGUCCCGGCGGCUGUGAAGUGAGGUCCAGGCGGCUCCUUCACAGCUCCUCCAGGUCGUCUUCUCCUCCUCAGUGUGCUGAAGAUGGCAGCUUCCUCCCGGUCCAGUGUAAAUUCAUCAACACCACAGACAGAACAGAGCUGGACCUGCUGCACGCCUUCAACAGGUUUCCAGAAGCCUUUGAGACGUUCAGCAGCUUCAGGAAGUUUUUCCCGCUGGUUUCCUCCUACUGCUUCUGCUCAGACAGCCGAGGCCGAGAGCUGGAGAACACAGGUGUGGAGCUCCUCCUGUCUGAGGUGUACGACUCGGCGUUCUCUGGUCUUCGCUCCGGUCACUCCUUCUCUCAAACCAACAUCUACCGAGUCCUGCAGAGGAGGAUGCUGGGAGUACGCCUCGCCCUCACCGGACACUUCAGAUGCCCAUCUCCCUGUGAGGAGGAGCGGCGAGCAGCGAUGGAGGCGAACAGCGUAUUCAUCCCAUCCUGUGAGAGCGGAGGAGCCUUCGACUCCAAACAGUGCCAGCAGGGGGGGCAGUGCUGGUGCGUUGACCCUGCGGGGAGAGAGCUUCCUGGGACUCGGCAGCACGGAGACUCCCUGACCUGCAGUUCAGGUCCAGCCGACUGCCGCUCGCAGCGCCGUCUGGCUCUGUCCCGUCUCUUCUCUGGUCCCGUUGAGCCUCCUUUUCAGGCCUCCUCUGGUAGCCCUCCAGCCUCCUGUCUCUCCCUCCUCCAGCCUCUCAGGGACCUCCUCCCAGUGGACUCUGACCCCACCUCUUUUCUGUCUCAGCUGGUCGAAGUCCUGCAUGGCCUGUUCCCCUCUGUGGGCGGGGCUCUGCAGGCUCUGACUCGCUCCUCCCCCCGGCGCUUCCAGGAGAAUCUGUUCGGAGGGAAGUUCCUGAAAAACGCAGCAGCUUUCAACUUCAGUGGGGCGGUGGGAUCUCGGGGAGCUCUCAGUCUGGACCCGCCGUCCUCUCAGAGCCUCGCUGUCCGCCUGCAGAGGAACCAGGACCUGGUCCAGUCUGUCAGCAGAGCCCUGGAGGACCCCGCCUUCCUCUCCACCCUCCAGCAGACGCUGACGGGUCUCAGCAGCUCUCAGUCUGCCUCCGUGGAACAGGUCCUCACUCCUCUGCUGCGCUCCUGCUCCACGGAUGAUGACGAUGACCUGGCGGCCAUCUUUGUUCCCAGCUGCACACAGAGCGGUGCUUUCCAGGAGGUCCAGUGUCAGGGUGCAGAGUGUUGGUGUGUUGACCCUCAGGGGCGGGAGGUGAAGGGGUCUCGGACCAUCACUCGACGACCUCGCUGUCCGUCCCCCUGUGAGAGAGCGCGGGCGGCGGCCCUCGAGGUGAGAUCGAACAUGGCGGCCAGUGCUGAAAUCCACAUCCCGGCGUGCUCGCGGGAUGGAGACUUCCUGCCGCUGCAGUGCGUCGGCUCACGGUGCUUCUGCGUGGACGCUGAGGGGAAGACAAUGACUGUCGGGCCAGCAGGGGGCGCUGUCACCUGUCCAGAGAGAAAAGCAGAGACGCUUCGAUCCUCUGCAGGUCGGUGCUCGCAGGCGUUGGCCGAGGUCGAGACCUUCAGACAGGAAGUGAAGAGCAUCGUCUCGCUCUCUAACUCCUCCCACAUCCCUCUGGGAUAUGGAUUCCUACUGGCCGAAGGUCUGCGUCUGACCCGUGAGGAACUCCAGAUCAGCCAAUCAGAGGAGGAACUGCAAGUUUCUGAGACGCUACUGAGGCGCCCCAGAGCUGCUCUGCGAUUGGCUGCUUUCUCCACUGUCCAGAUGCUGCUGCCUCGUCAGCGCCGCUCGUACCAGCCGUUUACUCCUCAGUGUGACGCCGACGGACGCUGGCUGCUCACGCAGUGUUACCACAGCACAGGUCAGUGUUGGUGUGUCGAUGAAGACGGACAGUACAUCUCUGAUUCUCUGACCAGCCGCUCGCUCAGCCUGCCCAAAUGUUUGACUCGCUGUCAGAGAGCAAAGGCUCGCUCCCUGCUCUCCGGUUGGAUGAAAGGCUCUGACAUCACCACCUCCUCACCUUACCACCCAACCUGUGAGCAGGACGGUCAUUUCUCGGUGCUGCAGACAGGGGGCGCUGCAGGCUGGUGUGUGAACCCUCUGACUGGAGGGACGAUACAAACGGCAACACCAAACGCAACAGGACAGCUGACAUGUCCCAGCUGGUGUCAGCUACAAGGACUCCAGUGUCGCCCUGAUGGCUCCUUCGCUCCUCUUCAGUGUGAUGUCACUUCCUGCUGGUGUGUCUCCGAGAAUGGACAAGAAGUGGGCGGGACGAGAACAUCUCGACAGACAGGCCGCACGCCAUCAUGUGACCGUCCUCUGUGCCCCGCCCCCAUCAUUACCCAUGGUGUGCUGGUGUGCCGCCCACCAGCUGAUGGACGCCAGAGCUGUGACCUUGCUUGUUACCAUGGCUACCAGAACUCACUUGCUAUCAGCAGUUUCCUGUGUGAGACUGCGAGUCGGAGAUGGGAUGGAGACCAGAAGCCGCUGAGCGGAGCCUGUCAAAUCUCUCGGCCUCCGCAGUCCGUGUCCUCCACGCAGCUCUGGGUGUUGCCCUCGGCCUGCUCUCAGAUCAGCCGGUUACAGUCUCUGCUGUUCAACACAAUGACCAGCAGGGGGCUCUGUUCUGCACAGCUUCCCUCAUCAGGCCGCGCUGUGUCGCUAUGUGACGACUCCUCGGUGACUCUGCAGUGUGACGGUGACGACUCGCUGAGGUUGAUGGUGAGAUGGAGCGCUGCUCUCUAUGACCUCCCGACCUCUGACCUCCCAGACCUCCAUGACGUUGGUGUCUUCCUGAAUGAGUCCAGACUUCUGGAGGGACUUCAGGGAAUUCUGCGCUCCGUGUUGUCAUCAGAGCCCAAACUGGUUUCUGUGACUACACCGAGCUUCGGCUGUUCCCGUGGUUACCAUCUGGACAGCGACAGCGAGGGCUGUGUCGUUUGUCCUGCUGGCAGUUUCUCCCAGGAGGGGGCGUGUCAUCUGUGUCUUCAGGGGACCUAUCAGGAUGAAGAGGGGCGGGACUUCUGCAACAGGUGUCCCACAGGGUCGUCACCUGCUGGAGCAUCAUCUACCAAGGAAUGUGUGACCGAGUGCCAGAGGCGGGGCCUGCGGUGUUCGCAGCGAGGUGACUUCCUGCCAGCGCAGCCGGAUGUCCUCGCGGGCAGGUGGAGGUGCUUCAACAGCGAGGGGGUGGAGCUCGAGUGGAGCAGCAGUGACAAGGUUCUGACUGAUGACGAGUGCUCAGUCCUCAGCAGGUUUCAAGCUGUUCCCACAUCAGACCUGAUUGUUGGAGCUGCAGAUGCUGAAGUGCUGCAGACGAUGACCUCUGACCUCACUGCCUGUGUCCGGGCGUGUGCAGCACAGCCUUCCUGCCACCAUGUGGCGCUGUUCAACAGCCAGACUCAGUGUGAACUGUACAGCACACACAGCCUGAACACACACUGCAACACCUCCCAGCAGUCCAGAGGUUUUCUGGGUAAUGCUCAGGCUGAGCUGUUUGAUUCGCUAAGCUGCUAUCUGAGAGUGAGGGGCGGAGCUUCAGAUCUGCUGGUCAUCAGGAAGAAAGGUGCAGAGUUUUCCUCGCAGCAGCAGCACAGUUUUGUGAGGAUGAGGAUGAUGAAGGCGGUCUCAGGUGUGUUCAGGACUCAGGUGUUCUCCUCCAGGCGGACCUCUCUUUCCGACGCUCAUCGUUUCUGUCAGGACGGCUGCAGCCGCGACACCUGCUGCGACGGAUUCAUCCUCAACCAGAACAGCCUGGAGGGAGGGUCCCUACUCUGUGGCUGGUUGAGAGCUCCAUCAGUGCUGACGUGCGGGGACCGGGACUGGGAUGUGAUUGGUCAGGGAGCGGCCAAACGCACUUGCGGGGCGGGGCUUACCUACAACGAGCAGCAGCGCAGCUUCAUGUUUGAUUUUGGAGGACAGGAGUUCACCAUCACUGAUUCUGCUCUGCCAGCUGACAGCAAGAACAGGAAGGACUAUCAGGCCUCCAUCAUCAGCUUCCAAGCCAUCUACCUGAACACUGCUUCGGCCGUCGGCGGUUCUGGUUCUUCUUCGUGUGCUGCAGCUGAGCUCAGCCCUCCUCUGGACGCUUCAGUUCAGCUGAAGUUUGCGUCUCUGUCUGAGGACGACGUUCUCGUGGAUCCUCAGAGGAAGCUCCCCGCUCUCUCCUUCUGGCUCAACAAGAACAACUACAACUCCCAGCAGGCACAGCUCUGGUGUCUCACGCGUUGUGACGAGGAGCCGCAGUGCUCGGUUGCUGACCUCAGAGAUGCUGACUCGGCAGGUUUCUUCAGCUGCUCGUUGUAUCCGGACAGCAGAGUUUGUGGAGCUUACGAUAAACCUCUGAGACGACCCUGCAGCCCCCUGCUGGACAGAGCGCCCAACAACACCUACAGCAAGAAGGGUAAAGAGGGGAGCUCAGAGAGUCACUGUCAUGACUUCAUAGCUGCUCCUGCUGUUUUUAAACACCGUGUGUCUGUCUGGACCAGUGAAGAGCUUUAUGAGAGGGUUUCCUUCAAGAAGAUGGUUUCUUACUCUGUACGCAGCCGAGUCAGCCUGGGAGAAAACACACCGCUGUCUGAGGGGUUCAUGGAGUGCGAGCGCCGUUGUGACGAGGAUCCCUGCUGCCGUGGCGUCGGCUUUGUCCGUGACACCAAAUCCAGAGUAUCCAUUACUGUGGCCACUGUGAAACACUGCAUCGAAGACGACGUGACGACCUGGAGGACUCAGGACUGCAGACCAUCAGCAGUGAAGACCACACCGGACCCCUUUGGCUGGUACCAGAAACCCGUGAAUCAGUGGAGUCCGUCUCCUGCUCUCUGUCCUCCGUUCAGCCUGCCACCGACCAAAACCAACAUUUCGCUGGACGACUGGAGUCUCCUCGCCGACUCUUCAGUCCUCGUCGACCCGUCUCUCUCUACCUAUGAUGUCAUCCACGUGAGCCGUGAUGUCGCCGAUGACAGAGAUAUGACCAGGGACUGGUGUCUCCAUGCCUGCCAGGAGGCGGAGUCUUGUGCAGCUGUGUCACUCAGUGAGGUGGAGUCCGCCACGCGCUGCGUUCUGUACCCUGACACAACAGUCUGUGGCCUAAGCUCCGCCCCUGAAUCCCCCGCCUCAUCUUCCUGUCGACUGGUCGUGAAAGAGCCCGCCCCCCAGGUGUACCUGAGACGCGGUGUUUUCUCAGAGCUGUCACAGACGUCCGUUUCUAUCCCGGGCCAGGGGGUGCUGCAAGGCGUCGCCGUGGAAACAGCACUGGCAUCAGACAGGAGGACAGUCGUUCAGUUCCUCGGAGUCCCGUACGCUCGUCCUCCAAUAGGAUCGCUCCGCUUUGAAGCAGCUCAGCCGGCUGAGUGGAUGGGAACCUGGGACGCCACCAAACCACGCCCCAGCUGCAUCCAGCCUGGUGACGUAGCCUCUGCAGCCUCCAGUGAGGACUGUCUCUACCUCAACAUCUUCACUCCUGCUGACCUGAGGGGGCGUGUUCCAGUCCUGGUUUUCUUCUUCAACCCUUCGGCCAAUGAGAACCCAGGACUGUUGGAUGGCUCCAUCCUCGCUGCUAUGGGUAAUAUCGUCGUGGUAACAGCGAGUUACCGGACGGCGGCGCUGGGAUUCCUGAGCACAGGUGAGUCUGGUCUCCAUGGUAACUACGGCCUCUCGGACCAGGAGGCAGCGCUGCGCUGGGUCAAAGACCACAUCUCGCUGAUGGGCGGAGACAACAGCAGAAUGACGGUGGGGGCGGAGCGUGGUGGUGCUGACAUCACCAGCCUUCACCUCCUGUCUUCGUCUCGUCCUCUGUUCCAGAGGAUGAUGCUGAUGGGCGGGUCAGCGUUUUCUCCAUCACUGGUUCAGACUCCGUCCACCUCCAGACGUCAGGCCCUCAAUCUGGCCAAGGAGCUCGGCUGUGUGACCUCUGACCUCGCGGCCUGCCUCAGAGCGUCAUCUGUCCACACGCUCAACGCCGCUCAGACAAAGCUGUUGGCGGUCAGCGGGCCGUUUCAGUCCUGGUCUCCGGUCCGUCAGUCCAUCUCUCGGUCGUCCUUCCACAGAGUGGACCUGCUGCUGGGAACAUCAGAGCACGAUGGUCUGAUCAGCCGUGCUCGCAAGAUAAAGGACUUUGAGUCUCUGCAGGGCAGAGCUGACAGCAAGACGGCGUUUUACGAGGCUCUGAGCCGCUCGCUGGGCGGAGCCACGGGAAAUGAGCUGCUGAAGGAGGCGGCGGCGUGGUUCUACUCGCUGGAUCACAGUCCCUCAGCUGCUGGAUACAACCUGUUCUCCAGAGCGCUCAACAACGCCACCAGAGACCUGUUCAUCAUCUGUCCCACGCUCCAGAUGGCGAGGCACUGGGCGGAGAACAGAGCUAGCGUCUUCCUGUACCACCAACCGGCCUCCAGCGCUCACGACAGGGCCGACGUGUACCUUCCUCUGGAUGUUCAGCUCGCCUUCGGGACACCUCAUCAUCCAAUGAGCUCUCAGCGCUUCGCCUCCUCUGAUCGGCGCCUCUCUCUUGCCAUGAUGACCUACGUCUCCAGCUUCAUACGGAGCGGGAACCCAAACCCAUCCCGAUCGUGGGCGGAGUCAGUUCUGCCCCGCUGGCAGCCAGUGCUGUCCUCAGAGGCUCCGCCCACCUACCUGGAGCUAAGCACUAACCUCCAUCAUCAGCGGGGUUUGAGUCAGAGCUCCUGCUCCUUCUGGACCCAACUGGCACCCAAACUGACGAGUCUGACAGGUGCAUCGGGGGCGGAGCCUGUUCAGCCUACACUGACCCCUGAACCCCCAGUGGCUGCUCCAUCCAGACAAUCCCAGACUGAGAAAGAUGCCUACAGCUAAACUAAUGACAUCAUCACCCACUUAGGGGACUUCACAGUUUCAUCUCCCAUAAUUCACUUAGAUUCAGAUGGUUGCUGUUGAUCAGUUUUGCUCAUAAUCAUUAAUAAAAAGCAUCUCAAACUCUCA